AUGAGUCAUUUGUAUAAAAUGGGCAAUGAUCCUGCUGACUGGCUCAGUGUGUCUCCAGAGACUGGAGUGAUUAAAGUCAGAACCCUUAUGGAUAGAGAAUCUGCUUAUGUCAAAGAUGGAAAAUACAGAGCUAUCAUUUUUGCUGUGGAUGAUGACGCAAAAUCUCCAGCAACUGGCACAGGAACUAUGAUAAUUGAAUUGGAAGAUGUAAAUGACAACGCUCCUGUUAUUAAUGAAAGGAAUAUAACAGUUUGCAACCGUGGAUCAGCCCCAGUUCUUCUCUCUUUAAAGGACAAAGAUGGACCUCCUCAUGCUGCACCCUUUAUCGUUGAGACCCAAGGAGAAACCAGUAAAAACUGGUCCACCUCAGUGAAUGACACAUCAUCAGGUGUUUUUCUGCAUCUUAAGUCUCAAUUGGAGCAGGGAGCAUACAAUGUAGUCCUGAGAGUGUUUGAUCAACAUAAACUGUAUCAGGACAGCUCCAUUCAAGCAACUGUAUGUGACUGCUUAGGAGAUCAAGUCCAGUGUACUGACAAACGGUUAGCAGAGAUGUCAUCUGGAGUUCUUGGGAUCCUGGGAGGAAUCUUGGCUUUGCUGUUGCUCGUUUGUCUUCAUUUUUUUUUACUGAGGAAGAAAUGCGGUACCAAAAAAGAACCAUUUCAUCCUGAAGGUGAUGGAAGAGACAAUAUCUACUAUUAUGAUGUGGAAGGUGGUGGAGAAGAUGAUCAGGGUUAUGAUCUGAGGGUGUUGCAUCUUGCUUUGGACAACAGACCUGAACUGUUCCGAAAUGGUGUGGCACCCACUUUACUGCCAGCACCUCAGUAUAGGCCUCGACCAGCCAUUGGGAUUGGGAUGUUCAUUGAUGAUAAUCUGAAGGCUGCGGAUAACGACUCAACAGCAACCCUCCAUGACUCCCUCCUGAAGUUUAACUAUGAAGGAGGAGGCUCAGAUGCAGGUUCACUCAGCUCCCUCAACUCUUACAGCUCAGGACACGACCUAAACUACGACUUCCUCAAUGAGUGGGGUCCACGCUUUAAAAAGCUGGCAAACAUGUUUGGAGGAGUAGAGGAUUAA